AUGUGUAUGGGACUAUAUAUGACGCCAAAGAUGAACAUCAACAAACUUCUACCGUCUUACUGCCCAUCAAAUCACUUGCCAAUCACAAAUAUCCACAUGGCUCCCAAAAAAAGAACUGCUAAGCCUGCCAAUCUACCCAAAAAAAGGGCCAGGGUUGGCGCAAUCGCCAGCGGCAUUUCAAGAGCUGCCCCAGGCGAACUUGACAUAGGCAGUAUGACAGGUUUGGCAGGUAGUGCUAGUGCCCCAUUGAAGGUCUCCAGUAUUUUCUCGGACCAGGAGUCCGCAAAUCAGGAUUCUGGUGAUACGAAUGCUGAGCCCCCAGUCAACCUACCCCUCACAGUCGCACCUGUCCCCUCCCCAACACCAGGUUCAUACGUCGGCACUUUUUGUCACUUUUGCUGUGACCUUGCGUCCUCCCCUCACAAACAUGAAUGCGUUCAAUGUGGUGCCAUCAUAUGCGAGCAACAUGUUGCCCGCGGCAGUGGGUGCAUUUAUUUGAACACUGUGGAGGUUGCCGCCAAAGAUUUCUACUGCCCCAUCUGCUCAAGGAUAGUGGAUGGCAAGGACGCGCCGUUGCGCUACGCAUUCAUCGGGUUUGGUAGACGAAAGAAGGUGAAGAUGGCCUGGCCUAUGGCCAUCAUUAAUCUCACCCUGGAGUCGAUGAAAGAUGAUUAUUUGGCAAGGACUGUCAUUCUUGAUGCGGAGAACCAUUUCCGUUCGUUUCAAGGCAAUUUGUACACAUCCUCUUUGCAUAUGAGGGGCGGCGCCCAUUUGUCCGAGCAGAAGAAGCUUGUACAGGGAGUGGAUUUCAUUGAUCGCAACGUCCUACUUGGAUUCCCACCCAACAUCUUUCUUGUCGUGGAUACACAUUCAGAUGAAUACACUGGAAUGCUGCAGCACACCGGAGGUCACAGUGGGGGAACUAGUACCACAAUCACGGAAAUCCUCACUGCCUAUCUUGGGGCGCCAUUUUUGAAAGCCAUGAACGCAUCUUCGACGGCCGCCAGAGACAACAAGGUUGUGAUGAAGACUGCCAAUGGGAAAGUGCCUUGGUGCGACCUCUCUCCCAGUGCCAGAGGCGGGAGGAGGGGACUAUUCAUGGUGAGCUGUGGCCCUGCCAUCAGGGUAAGCCACCACUUCGAGGCCGUGAAAACAUUGGUGCAGAGCAAUAUGGUAGAUUUCGUUCUUGCAUUCGGAGGAUCGGGCACUUUGCCCUCCAUGGUGUCCAUCACCGUGCGCUCGUUCAUUGCUGAGACUGGCGUCUUCGGACGCACCGACGUUUGGACGGCAGUUUGCGACAUGCUGUCCUCCUCAAACGACUUCCUGGACUACACCACAGCUGUGGUGGUGUAUGCAUCGACAGUGGAGAAUAAGCGCGUUGUCGAAAGUCGUCAGAUUGGCAAGGAUAUCCCAGGAGUACGGGCCUUUGGAUAUGAAUUCAAGGCCUGUGCUACUCCUGGAUGUCAGCCAGCGCCGGCUGAUAUGCGUGUCCACAAUCAUGGUCCCAAGGUCCAACUUCGGUGCCUGAAAUGCUCCUGGAAGUCGUCAUCAAUCAGGACUGAUAUAGACAACAAGCAUUUCACAAAGGUGAACAGGGUCUUAGCGCCUCAGCUGUUCUGGCAUCAUUUUCCCGCUUCAACCAACUUGCAAGACUUCUUCGUGGAAACCACUAACGCUGCCAACGAACUCGCUGCCAAGGAACGCGCUGCCUCCCAAAAUCACAAGGGGAAGAAAGGGAAGAAGAACAAACGUCAGAUGAACAUCGCCGCUAACAUUCAGGAGGAUACAGAGAUGUUGGAAAGCAAGCCCGAUGUCCCGUCCAUGGAGAUCGACGAUUGA